ACAUGGCGAACUUUUCCUGGGAAAUACACACUACUAAACCGUUACUUUGAACCCUGUGUUUAUAGGAGAUUGACAGGAGGACACAGUAAUACUAUUUUUCCCCCCCGAAGUAAUCAUGGACUUUAUGUUCUUCACUGAAGAAACUUUGUGAGAAAUAAAACAAUGAUGGAGCAACAAGCUAUGAAAAGAAAAGAAAGGAAUGCAGUCUUUGGAGCAAAGGUAUUCAGCGGAAAGGUUGUUGAAAGUUCCAUUCUAAGCAAAGAAGAAUUUAUAGAAAAAGUUCGCCAAAGUAAUGAGGCGUGUAAAAAGGGAGAUUUUACACUGGCCAUCAAAUUGUACAGUGAAACAUUGCAAGUUGAUCCUCAGAAUUGUAUAUUGUACAGUAACCGAUCAGCAGCGUUCCUGAAAACUCAAAAGUAUGAGAAGGCUUUGGACGAUGCUAUUAAAGCUCGACUACUUAAUCCAAAAUGGCCAAAGGCAUACUUCAGACAGGGUGUUGCCCUUCAAUAUCUCGGUCGCCAUGCAGAUGCGCUGGCUGCAUUUGCCUCCGGAUUGGCUCAGGAUCCCAAGAGUUUGCAGCUUUUGCUUGGCAUGGUGGAGGCAGCAAUGAAAUCACCUAUGAGAGAAUCUCUGGAACCGACGUAUCAGCAACUCCAAAAGAUGAAGCUGGACAAGAGCCCUUUUGUGGUGGUGUCAGUGAUUGGGCAGGAAUUACUGACUUCAGGACAUCAUGGUGCUUCUGUGGUUGUGUUAGAAGCUGCACUGAAAAUAGGAACUUGCAGUCUGAAGCUGAGGGGUUCAGUGUUUUCUGCCCUGAGCAGUGCUUACUGGUCGCUUGGGAACACAGAGAAGAGUACAGGAUAUAUGCAGCAGGACUUGGAUGUUGCAAAGACUCUAGGUGACCAGUCGGGAGAAUGCCGAGCCUAUGGGAACUUGGGGUCUGCAUUCUUUUCCAAAGGAAAUUUUCGGGAGGCACUUACUAACCACAGACAGCAGCUAGUUCUCGCCAUGAAACUGAAGGAGAGAGAGGCAGCAUCAUCUGCAUUAAGCAGUUUGGGUCAUGUCUACACUGCGAUUGGUGAUUAUCCAAAUGCACUGGCCAGCCACAAGCAGUGUGUUCUCCUAGCUAAACAAUCCAAAGAUGAACUGUCUGAGGCCAGAGAACUGGGCAACAUGGGAGCAGUGUAUAUUGCUAUGGGGGACUUUGAAAAUGCAGUCCAUUGUCACGAACAACAUCUGAAGAUCUCAAAGGAUCUGGGAAACAAGCGAGAGGAAGCUCGGGCAUAUAGCAACCUCGGCAGUGCCUUUCACUACAGAAGAAACUUUGACAAGGCGAUGUCUUACCACAACCAUGUACUUGAGCUCGCACAGGAACUCUCAGAAAAAGCAAUUGAAAUGCGAGCGUAUGCAGGGUUAGGGCACGCUGCACGGUGUAUGCAAGAUUUGGAGAGGGCUAAACAAUAUCACGAGCAACAGCUAUGCAUUGCAGAAAGUCUCAAAGACCGGGCUGCUGAAGGGAGAGCUUCUUCAAACUUAGGAAUAAUUCAUCAGAUGAAAGGAGAUUUUGAUACUGCAUUAAAACUGCAUAAAACUCACCUUACCAUUGCCCAAGAAUUAAAUGAUUAUGCAGCCCAGGGCAGGGCGUAUGGCAACAUGGGUAAUGCAUACAAUGCACUUGGAAUGUAUGAUCAGGCAGUUAAAUAUCAUCGUCAGGAACUGCAGAUUUCUAUGGAGGUCAAUGACAGAGCCUCUCAAGCCUCCACACACGGAAACUUAGCUGUAGCUUACCAGGCUCUGGGUGCACAUGACAGAGCUUUGCAGCACUACCAAAACCAUCUCAACAUUGCUCGGGAACUUCGAGACAUCCAAAGUGAAGCUCGUGCACUUGGCAAUCUUGGGAAUUUCCAUUGUUCUCGGGCUGAAUAUACACAAGCGGUACCAUUUUAUGAACAGUACCUGAGGAUAUCUCCGGAUCUUCAAGAUAUGGAAGCUGAAGGGAAAGUAUGUCAUAAUUUAGGUUACGCCCACUUCUGCCUUGGCAACUACCAGGAAGCUGUAAAGUAUUAUGAGCAGGAUCUUGCUAUAGCCAAGGACCUCCAUGAUAAACUUAGCCAAGCCAAGGCUUAUUGCAACUUGGGUCUAGCAUUUAAGUCAUUAAUGAACUAUAAUAAAGCAGAAGAUUGCCAGAAAUAUCUUUUAUCUUUGGCACAAUCCUUAAAUAAUUCUCAAGCAAAGUUCCGUGCGCUCGGAAACCUGGGGGAUAUUUUUGUCUCUAAGAAAGAUAUAAAUGGUGCAAUAAAAUUUUACGAGCAGCAGUUGAGUUUAGCCCAUCAAGUCAAAGACAGACGACUAGAGGCCAGUGCUUAUGCUGCUUUAGGUAGCGCCUACAGAAUGAUACAAAAAUAUGACAAAGCAUUGGGAUAUCACACACAGGAACUGGAAGUUUUCCAGGAAUUAAAUGAAUUGCCAGGUGAAUGUAGAGCACAUGGGCAUCUGGCAGCUGUCUAUAUGUCGCUGGAGAAGUACACAAUGGCUUUUAAGUGCUAUGAGGAACAACUUGAACUUGGGCAAAAGUUAAAAGAUCCUAGUAUAGAAGCUCAAGUAUACGGUAACAUGGGUAUCACCAAAAUGAACAUGAGUGUAAUGGAGGAAGCCAUUGGCUAUUUUGAACAACAGUUAGCAAUGUUGCAACAACUGAAUGGAAAUGAUUCUAUACUGGACAGAGGCCGUGCAUAUGGUAAUUUAGGAGAUUGUUAUGAAGCACUUGGUGAUUAUGAGGAAGCAAUAAAAUAUUAUGAACAGUAUUUAUCUGUAGCACAGAGUUUAAAUCGCCUCCAGGAUCAGUCAAAGGCAUAUCGGGGUCUUGGAAAUGGGCACAGAUCAAUGGGGAGUUUGCAACAGGCCCUUGUAUGCUUUGAAAAAAGACUUGUGGUUGCUCAUGAACUGGGAGAAACUUCGAACAAAGCCCAGGCAUAUGGAGAGCUGGGAAAUUUGCACAGUCAGCUAGGAAAUUAUGAACAAGCAAUAUCCUGUCUUGAACGCCAAUUAAAUAUUGCCAGAGAAAUGAAAGACCAGAUUUUGGAAAGUGAUGCAGCGUGUGGUUUAGGCUCAGUGUAUCAGCAGAUGGGGGAAUUUGAUACUGCAUUGCAAUACCAUCAACUGGACUUGCAGAUAGCAGAAGAAACCAACAACCCAUCAUGUCAGGCUCGGGCCUAUGGAAACCUUGGCCUAACAUAUGAAUCCCUGGGCACCUUCGAGCGAGCUGUCGUUUAUCAAGAGCAGCACCUUAGCAUUGCAGCAGAAAUGAAUGACUUAGUUGCUAAGACAAUAGCUUAUAGUAGCCUAGGGAGGACGCACCAUGCCUUGCAGAACUACUCUCAAGCAGUAAUGUAUUUACAGGAAGGCUUGAGGUUAGCAGAACAGCUGGCUCGGAGAGAAGAUGAGGCCAAAAUUAGACAUCGCCUUGGGCUUUCGCUUUGGGCUAGUGGAAACCUGGAAGAGUCUCAACAUCAGCUUUACAGAGCUUCAGCGUUAUUUGAAACAAUAAGACAUGAAGCCCAACUCAGCACUGAUUAUAAGCUUUCGCUAUUCGAUCUGCAAACAUCAUCUUACCAGGCCCUGCAACGUGUGCUAAUCAGUCUUGGACAUCACGAUGAAGCUUUAGCAGUGGCAGAAAGAGGAAGGACAAGAGCGUUUGCUGACCUUCUGGUAGAACGUCAGACUGGACAGCAAGAAUCUGACCCUUACUCACCUGUGACCAUUGAUCAAAUUUUAGAGACAAUAAAUAGCCAAAGAGGCUUGGUGCUUUAUUUUUCAUUAGCUGCAGGUUAUCUUUACAGCUGGUUGCUUGCUCCUGGUUCAGGAAUCUUAAAGUUUCAUGAAUAUUAUCUUGGAGAUACCUUAAUGGACACAGAAUUUAAUGAAUCAGGGAGCAUGAGUUUUCAAGUGUCAAACAGUUCUGUUUUAGAGCAGCACAUAGCAAAUGUCCGUGAGACCUUAGGAGUGGAGUCAUACUACACUAGGACAUGUGCUAGUAGUGAAACUGAAAGUGAGGCAGGGGAUUAUAUGGACCAGCAAUAUGAUGACCUGAACAAUAAAAUGAACUCCAUGACAGAUCCAACAGGAUUCCUGAGAAUGGUUAGCAGAAACAAUACAUUCAACAGAAGCUGCCAAAGUAUGACGAGCCUAUUUAGUAAUAGCAUGUCUCCAGUGAAGGACAAUACAUCAUCUCUUCCUCGAAAACAAAGCUCUCCUAGCAAACCACCUCUCCGAGCCCUUUAUGAUUUGCUUUUGGCGCCAAUGGAAGGGGGAUUGAUGCAUUCCAGUGGUCCAGUGGGAAGACAUCGACAACUAGUGCUUGUCUUAGAAGGAGAACUUUACCUCAUCCCAUUCGCUUUACUAAAAGGAAGCUCCUCAAAUGAGUACCUAUAUGAACGCUUCAGCCUUAUUGCCGUACCUUCCAUUCGAUCUCUCAGCAUAAGCACUAAGUCGCUGUUACGGAAGAAUGCGCCCUUGUAUUCAAACUCUACCUCAAUGGCAGCUGUUGUGGGAAACCCUAAACUUCCUGCAUCAGUGAUGGACCGAUGGCUAUGGGGACCAAUGCCCUCAGCGGAAGAAGAAGCUUACAUGGUGUCUGAGCUACUUGGAUGCCAACCUCUUGUUGGCAACCUUGCGACAAAGGAGAAGGUGAUGAGCGCACUCUCACAAGCAGAAUGUGUCCAUUUUGCCACUCACAUCUCUUGGAAGCUUGCAGCUCUUAUUUUAACACCUAACAGUGAGAAUGGUUCAGGGGUGACCAAAAGCACAUUUGGAAAUACAUAUACAAUUCCAGAGUCUUUACAAAUGCAGGACGAUGCCAGUGAUGUUGAAAGCAUAUCAGACUGUCCACCUCUCCAAGAAUUUCUGUUGACAGCUGCAGAUAUUUUAGAUCUUCGACUCCCUGUUAAAUUAGUGGUUCUUGGAUCUUAUCAGGAAUCCAACAACAAAGUUACAGCAGAUGGAGUUGUUGGCUUGACACGAGCCUUUUUGGCUGCUGGUGCUCAGUGUGUCCUUGUUUCUCUAUGGCCGGUUCCAGUGGCAGCGUCUAAAAUGUUUGUUCACGCAUUCUACUCCUCUCUUCUAAAUGGAAUGAAAGCCAGCGCAUCUCUUUCAGAAGCUAUGAAAACAGUACAGAGCAGUAAGCAAUACUCACAUCCAUCAAACUGGGCAGGUUACAUGAUCAUUGGAAGUGACGUCAAGCUUAACAGCCCCUCAUCCCUGAUUGGACAAGCUUUGUCAGAGAUCCUCCAGAACCCAGAACGUGCAAGAGAUGCCUUAAGAGUUUUAUUACAUCUGGUUGAGAAGUCUUUGCAGCGGAUUCAGAAUGGACAGCGCAAUUCUAUGUACACUUCCCAGCAAAGCGUUGAAAAUAAAGUUGGAGGAGUUCAGGGCUGGCAGUCAUUGUUAACAGCUGUUGGAUUCCGCCUUGAUCCCCCUGCAAGUGGUCUUCCUGCAGCAGUUUUUUUCCCGACUUCUGAUCCUGGUGACCGUCUACAACAGUGCAGUACAACCAUACAGUCUCUGUUGGGUUUGCCUCAUUCUGCUCUGCAGGCUCUUUGUAAGCUUAUUACUGCUUCAGAAACUGGAGAGCAACUUAUUAAUCGGGCUGUUAAAAAUAUGGUUGGAAUGUUACAUCAAGUCCUUGUACAGCUUCAAUCAGGGGACAAAGAACACGACUUUGCAUCUGCCCCCAUCCAAGUGUCCAUCAGUGUUCAGCUCUGGAGAUUACCAGGAUGUCAUGAAUUUCUGGCAGCUUUAGGUUUUGACCUAUGUGAAGUGGGCCAGGAAGAAGUAAUAUUGAAAACUGGGAAACAAGCCAACAAGAGGACAAUGCAGUUUGCCCUUCAGUCACUUUUAGCACUUUUUGAUUCUACAGAGCUUCCAAAACGCCUUAGUCUUGACAGUUCAUCAUCCCUUGAAUCUCUAGCUUCAGCUCAGUCAAUCUCAAACCCAGUGUCUCAAGGGUAUCAUGGUCAUCUUUUCUCACCCACUUGUCCUGAUGGAAUGGCUUCAGAUGCCAUAUCGGUGUACAGUUUGAGUUCAAUUGCAUCAUCAAUGAGUUUUGUUUCAAAAGCAGACUGCCUUGCAGAAGGAGAGCACAGAUUACGCCAAGACCAUGACAGACCAAAAAAUAUUUAUCCUCUUAGACCUUGCAUGGGGAGAGGUCAGUCCUCACCACAGACAAACAAAGAGGAGCAACAAGAAGAAUAUGAUGGGUUUUCCAUCAUCAGCAAUGAACCGCUACUGUGCUACACAGAGAACACAGAUCCAAAAUUAAAACAGGAUAAUAUGCAUGAAACAAUUAAAGUAUCUGUAAAUCCAAAGGGCAGUAUAAGCACACCAAAUUCUCCUGUGAAACUGUCUCUAAUUCCAAGUCCAAAUUCACCAUUUCAAAAAGUUGGAAAAGUAUCAAGUUCAGAUACUGGGGAAUCAGAUCAGUCUAGUACUGAAACUGAUAGCACAGUGAAGUCACAAGAAGAAAACAACCCAAAGCUGAAUCCAGAAGAGCUUGCUCAAAAAAUUUUGGAGGAAACUCAAAGCCACUUGAUUGCAGUUGAACGUCUUCAGAGGAGCGGCAGCCUUAUAAAUAAGACAAGUAGUUCCCCUGAUGGGGCUUCAACACCCACUGGAAGUUCUAUGUUUAGAUCCUCUGAAACAAGUGCUUUUAGUAGACCUGCUCAGAAAGGCAUGCCCUCUCCAAUAACCGUAAAACCAAAACCUCCCACGAGGAGCUCUUCUCUUCAAAAAGUGAGCUCAGGAUAUAACAGCCCAGCAAACUCAGAAUCCUCAUUAAAGGAAGGGACAGGUCUCCAUAGUGGCCAGCCCUCUCCAAGUUCAGAUUCUCCUCACUUCAAACUAAAAUAUCCUAGCUCACCAUAUAGUGCACACAUAUCAAGAUCUCCUCAGAACAUAUCACCAAGCUCAGGACAUCAGUCUCCAGCAGGAAGCACCUCAUCUCCAGCUCUGUCCUAUUCCUCCACCGGAUCUGCUCGAUCCAGCCCUGCCGAUGCUCCAGACAUUGAUAAAUUAAAGCUUGCUGCAAUUGACGAUAAAGUGAAAGCUAUUCAUAACCUGAAGAUGUUUUGGACAAAUGCACCUCAACAUACUUCAGGUCCAAUUAAAAUAUUGAGAGGAGCUCCAGGAACAAUGACAUCCAAGAAAGAUGUACUUAGUUUGUUGAACCUGUCUCCAAGGCAUAGUAAGAAAGAGGAAGCUGCAGAUAACCUUGAACUAAAAGAAUUAUCUAUCCAGCAAAAGAAUGCUGAUGGUGCACAGCAAAAUCCUCCAAAUGGACACAAACACUCGGAAAACAUAAAUGUAGCAAAUGUGACUAAUUCUGCACCGCCUAAUAAUAUUCCAGGAAGUAUACGCAACAUAAAACUGACAUCUGGCAAUGGAUAUAAGUUCCUUUCACCUGGAAGAUUUUUUCCUUCCUCAAAAUGUUAAAAUGUCUUUUUUAUACCACUUUUACGCCUGUAAUGCUAUUUGUAUGUAAUAUUGUUUAUGUCCAAUUGCCUUCAUUAAGAAGAAAGACUAAAAUAUUACAAGUGAAGCAGUGGUUGUAAUGGGUGUGUGUACACGUGUGUAUCUAGUUGCCAUUACCAACAUACAUUUGUUUUUGUUUCUUAUCCUUUGUUUUUUUCUCUAUAACAACAAAUAUAUAUAUAUAUAUAUAUAUAUAUAUAUAUAUAUAUAUAUAUAUAUAUAUAUAUUUGUUGUUAUAGAGAAAAAAACAAACGAUAAGAAACAAAAACAAAAUCACUUUUAAUUUUAUUCCCCUUCAAUAAUUUACCUCAAACAUUAAAUGUAAAAUAUCAGUGAAUUACUUUUACGUACUUUGUAGAACAAUCGAUUCUUUUCCCCACAAAAUCCACCAUAAUAAUAAUACUGAAUAAUCAUUAUUUUGACAUAUAUUAAUGUUAUUGUGUUCAAAAAAGGCACAAAAUCUAGACACAUUCAUGCAAAACAUUUAUGUUUGUAAAUCUUUUCUUAGAGAAGUCUUCUGUAUGACUUUUCUCAUGCACACAGCUCUGACAUGCUCAUAUUGCUGAAAGUAAUUGUUGGCACACCAUGUAUUCACAAGUAUAUGGUUUACCUGCAUAUGCUAAGACAUCAGAACAAAAUGUUUAAUCCUUUCAUUUAUAUCAAAUAUGAUUAAUCUAUAUAAUGAUAAAUAAUUAUAUUUGCUGGGGUUGAGCAGAACCUCUAGAACGUUUAACCAUCUUAUUCACUAUCCUUUGGAUACUUAUAAUUUCCACCCAAAGUCAUCCCACUACAAAAAUAGCUUUAAAUGUAAAACAUGACAAACUAUAGACCUUAAUCUUAUCAUUAUUAUCAUCAUCAUCAUCAUUAUUAAUGCUACUUCUGAGAAUUCAAAUCAUUAGAAUUUUGAAACUGAAUAUAGUUUUAACAUAAUCAACUAUUAAAAUACAUAAUGGUUACUCGUAAGUUUUAUGUUUAAUAUUCAUUUCUGUAUUUGGGGAUUUGUGAUGGCUACAAUAAACAAUAGUGCACUUUAAACUUGUAUAUAGUAACUAUCAAUGUCAGUAUAGACAAUCCAUCAUUUAGCUCCAGCACUCAUUGUGAAAGAAAUUUCUAUAGAUGCAUUUUUGGGGAAAAUUUCAAAUUUUGCAAUAAUUAUAGAGAUUGAAAUCUUAAAAUAAGAUUACAAGUGGAGCUAAAAAAUAUUAGCGCUACUGAGUGCUAACAUCACUCAAGUUAAAUCAAUAGUGCUCCUUUUCUUGCACUAAUAUAACAAGUUGAAAGUAAAAAAAUGUCACUUGUGUGAAAGCCUCAGGCUCGCUAACAUCUGGUGGUUGGGUAGCAUGGCUGCGCUAACUCCCUUUCCCCAUAGACUUCUACAAAACCCUGUUCUGACUUUCGCUUGCCCCAUAACCCAAAGAUUUGCAAGGCCAAGUGCAUUAAAGUCAAAGUGUAUAUAAGAAAUACUUGAAAUAGCAUUGUUCUUUACAAUAUAUAUAUAUAUAUAUAUAUAUAUAUAUAAUAUAGAAGUACCUGCUCAUAAGAGGAUAUUAAAUGUAUAGUGAUGGAUUACCUGCCACAUAAAUACACAGGCAGGUAAACCAGUGCACGGAACCCACAAAAUUAGUAUUAUAUAUAUAAGAAAUAAUGUAGGUGGGUUAAUCCA